AAUCCUAAAUCCUAAAUCAUGAGUGUCUGUUCAGAACCACCUCCUUUUUUAAAAACCAAGGAGACGGCCAGGAUCGUCAUAAUCGGAGCGGGAGCCUCGGGAAUAGCCGCUGCCACUAGACUUUUGGAAAAAGGAUUUAAAAAUGUCCUGCUCUUUGAGGCGGAAGACCGCAUUGGAGGACGCAUCAACACGAUCCCGUUUGCCGACAGCCUCGUCGAUCUGGGAGCUCAAUGGUGCCAUGGUGAGGAGGGAAAUGUGGUCUAUGAGAAGGUGAAGGACCUGGAUGUCCUCGACAGGACCGGCGACUAUGUCGUCCAUUUUAUUCGCUCCAACAAGGAAAUCCUGACUGACGAACAAGGCAAGGCUCUUAAGAAAUUGACGGACGAGUUCGAUGUGCCUGACGAGGGCUCCGUAGGUGAUGCCUUUAAUGCAUUUUGGAAGGGGGAUGGCCAUGAGUUGGUUCCGAAUGAUAAGACCAUUGCCAAGGAGGCGCAGGACUGCCUGAAGAGGAUCAUUUGCAGCAUGGAUGCCUGCGAUAAUUUGUCCGAGCUCUCGUUCCGAAACUUCCGGAACUUCACUGAUUCCGGUGGGGAUCAAAAUCUCAGCUGGCGCCAAAGGGGCUUUUGGAAAUUCUUGAGUGUCCUGCUGAAUGCUAGCGAGGAUCAGCCCGGUGACCAGGGAAUUCUUAAGGGACAUGUGCACCUCAAUAAACGAAUUGCUAGGGUCGAUUGGCAAGGAGAUGGUGAUUUGACUCUGCGCUGCUGGAACGGUCAAAUUGUGUCAGCGGAUCAUGUGAUUUGUACUGUCUCAUUGGGAGUUCUCAAGGAGAAGCACCAGAAGCUCUUUGAACCAGCACUUCCAGCCUCCAAGAUCAGGUCCAUAGAGGGUCUCAAACUGGGCUGUGUGAACAAGUUCCUCUUGGAGUUCGAGGAGCAGCCAGUGCCGGAUAGCGUAAGAGAAAUCGCCUUCCUUUGGCUGGAGGAAGACCUCAAGGAGUUACGAAGUGGCAAGUACUUCUGGCUGGAGAGUGUCUGUGAUUUCCAUCGUGUGGAUUGUCAACCGCGAUUGCUGGAGGGCUGGAUCAUUGGGGCCCACGCCCGGUACAUGGAAACCCUCAGCGAGGAGCAGGUCCUCGAGGGCCUCAUGUGGCUCUUCAGCAAGUUCCUUAAGUUCCCCAUACCCUACCCAAAGAACUUUAUUCGCUCUCAAUGGUAUUCUAAUCCGAACUUCCGUGGCAGCUAUAGCUACUACCCCACUUACGCUGAUGAACUCCACACGGGACGCACGGAUUUGGCAUCCCCAUUGGUGGAUGUCAACGGAAGACCGAGGAUCCAAUUCGCCGGAGAGGCCUCGAGCCGGAACCACUUCGCUACGGUCCACGGAGCCACUGAAACGGGAUGGCGCGAGGCGGAUCGACUCAAUGAAUUCUACGAAGGACGCGCUGCGAACUAAGGCAAUGUCCGAGGCUCUUAAAUGGGAUUUUUGAAUACGGAAUCAGGAUAUACGGUUUGGGAAAUUGUAACCCAACAUUUUUGGAACUUGAAUUUAGACUUUAUGUAUCAUAUUAUAUAUUAUUUCACUAAUAUUUUGACGAAUA